AUGGGUGAUGAACUAGCCAAUCCUUUGCUUGGGCUUGAGAAAUUCAGCAGCCAAGAGAUUGAUUUGGAAAGUCUGCCCCUGGAAGACGUUCUUGAGCAGCUCAACACAUCUCGCAACGGGCUCUCAUCGGCGGAUGCUGAAGAACGCUUGCAGCUGUUUGGCGCAAACAAAUUGGAGGAGAAGCGUGAGAACAAGAUUAUGAAGUUCCUUAGUUUUAUGUGGAACCCUUUGUCAUGGGUGAUGGAGGCAGCGGCAGUGAUGGCAUUGGUCUUAGCAAAUGGUGGUAGUCAAGGUCCUGACUGGGAGGAUUUUCUUGGAAUCGUCUGUCUUCUGGUUAUCAACUCAACCAUCAGCUUCAUUGAGGAAAACAAUGCUGGCAAUGCUGCUGCAGCUCUCAUGGCGCACUUGGCGCCGAAAACAAAGGUUCUUAGAGAUGGGCAAUGGCAAGAGUUAGAUGCAUCUAUUUUGGUACCAGGAGAUAUUAUCAGCAUCAGACUUGGUGAUAUUAUUCCAGCGGAUGCACGCUUGCUAGAGGGAGAUCCUCUGAAAGUUGACCAGUCAGCUCUAACUGGUGAAUCCCUUCCGGCCACCAAAAGGACCGGCGACCUAGUGUUCACCGGUUCAACGUGCAAACAUGGAGAAAUUGAAGCUGUUGUCAUCGCAACCGGCAUCCACUCUUUCUUCGGAAAGGCAGCUUAUUUGGUGGACUCCACAGAGGUUGUUGGCCAUUUUCAGAAGGUUCUGACCUGCAUAGGGAAUUUCUGUAUAUGCUCGAUCGUGGCAGGGGUCAUUCUUGAGGUUAUCAUCAUGUUCCCAGUGCAACAUCGGUCAUACCGAGAUGGAAUCAACAAUGUGCUUGUUCUUCUGAUCGGAGGGAUACCGAUCGCGAUGCCUACUGUUCUGUCAGUCACUCUUGCAAUAGGUUCUCAUCACCUAUCUCAUCAGGGUGCAAUAACUAAACGGAUGACAGCCAUUGAGGAAAUGGCAGGAAUGGAUGUUCUGUGCUGUGACAAAACUGGAACUCUUACUCUCAACCAUCUUACUGUCGACAAAAACCUAAUCGAGGUUUUCAGAAGAGAAAUGGACAAGGACAUGGUUAUCCUUUUGGCUGCAAGAGCAUCAAGAGUGGAGAAUCAAGAUGCAAUUGAUAUGGCCAUCAUAAACAUGCUAGCUGACUCCAAAGAGGCACGCACCAACAUCACCGAAGUUCACUUUUUUCCGUUCAAUCCUGUUGAUAAGAGAACAGCUAUAACAUACCUUGAUUCCAAUGGCAAUUGGUUCCGGGUCAGCAAAGGUGCUCCGGAGCAGAUAUUAAAUUUGUGCUACAACAAAGUUGACAUCGCUGAAAGGGUGCAGAUGGUAGUCGACAGAUUUGCCGAGAGGGGACUCCGUUCACUAGCAGUUGCUUACCAGGAGAUCCCAGAAAGAUCAAGGCACAGCCCCGGUGGACCAUGGAUCAUCUGUGGCUUGCUGCCGUUGUUCGAUCCGCCGCGGCACGACAGCGCCGACACCAUACGCAGAGCGCUCGAUCUUGGCGUCUGUGUGAAGAUGAUCACUGGUGAUCACCUGGCCAUCGCAAAGGAGACCGGCCGGCGCCUGGGGAUGGGCACGAACAUGCACCCGUCGGCUUCACUGUUCGGCCGUCACAACGGCGAGAGCGCGGCGGUUCCGGUCGACGAGCUCGUCGAGAACGCCGACGGGUUCGCCGGCGUGUUCCCGGAGCACAAGUACGAGAUCGUGAGGAUCCUGCAGGGGGAGGGCCACGUCUGCGGGAUGACGGGAGACGGCGUGAACGACGCGCCGGCGCUCAAGAAGGCGGACAUCGGCAUCGCGGUGUCCGACGCGACGGACGCCGCGAGGGGCGCCGCCGACAUCGUGCUCACUGAGCCCGGCCUUAGCGUGAUCGUCAGCGCCGUCCUGACCAGCCGCGCCAUAUUCCAGCGCAUGAAGAACUACACGAUUUAUGCCGUUUCCAUCACCAUACGGAUAGUGCUAGGUUUUGUUCUUCUGGCCUCAAUAUGGGAGUACGACUUCCCUCCGUUUAUGGUUCUGAUCAUAGCCGUACUGAAUGACGGGACCAUCAUGGCGAUAUCGAAGGAUCGCGUGAAGCCGUCGCGAAGACCGGAUAGGUGGAAGCUGAACGAGAUCUUUGCAACUGGAGUUGUCAUGGGAACCUACCUUGCAUUGGUCACCGUCCUCUUCUACUGGGCAGUCACAAGGACCACGUUCUUUGAGUCACAUUUCAAGGUGAGAUCCCUCAAGCAAGACGUCGAAAAGAUCUCGUCGGCUAUGUACCUGCAGAUCAGCAUCAUCAGCCAGGCUCUGAUAUUCGUCACACGCAGCCGGGGCUUAUCCUACCUCGACAGACCUGGAGCUCUGCUGAUCUGUGCUUUCGUCGUAGCACAAUUGGUGGCUACCCUUGUUGCCGUCUAUGCCACCAUCGGCUUCGCGUCGAUCAGCGCGAUCGGAUGGCGCUGGGCCGGCGCCAUAUGGCUGUACAGCCUGGUGUUCUAUGUGCCACUUGAUCUGAUCAAGAUCGCCGUCCGAUACAUCCUAAGCGGUAAAGCAUGGAACUUGCUCUUCGACAGAAAGACUGCAUUUACAAGGAGGAGAGACUUCGGCAAGGAGGACCGGGAGGCCAGGUGGGCGCUUUCCCAGACUCAGAGAGAUGUUCAGCGGAGGGCCUUCUCUGAUCAUCUUCUCGCCAGUGCAACACCGUCCUCUCUGAUCGUAGAUCAAGCGAGGCGGCGCGCCGAUAUCUCCAGGUUGGGAGAAAGGCACGCACUGAGAGCGCAUGUGGAGUCUGUGAUGAGGUUGAAGCGUGUGGAUUCUCACAUCAUUCGGACGGCUCAAACGGUCUGAUGAUCUGCUUGAGCCUUGAGGUGGUGUGGUGUUUUCAGAGUAAU